CGGUCUUCGAGUGCGCACGCGUGUUUUUCUCUCUCCCGAGCAAGGCGAAGCAGCACGAAAGGAAACCAGCAAAUUUUGUUUACACGAGUCUCCCGCUGUAGUGUCACACACACCUCCUUUUUCGUGUUUCCUUUUGCGAGAAUUGCGAGAACAACAACGAGCGAAUGUGUAGGAGGAAGCGCGUAGAUGCGCGCGUGUGUCUGUGGUACGAUCGUGCGUGAUCCUCAGUUUCUUGGUUUGCGCGAAUUCGCAAUCAUAUCGCACCGUACGCCAAAACCGUAGAACAGUGAACGACGACGACAAAAAAAAGACACAGAAGGCCGAUCGUGCGUGUGGAUCCGCGACGCGCCAUAAUCGCUAUCCUGACUAUCUUUCACCGAACGUGCUCGCGGUGUGUCGUUUCCCACCCGACCCCAGAAACGCACCUUUUUGCGCCACAACCAACCCCCGGACCCGGCGUAUCACCCGUGUCUGCCAGUCGUCUGCGAUUUGGUUCAGGGCGGGUUCGCAGUUCGUAUCGUCAAUGCAGUCGCCACAGGAAGUAUGAAUCCGUUCUGUUCGUGUGUUGUGUAGCAUCAUCUCGCCACCAACAUGGGCAGCUAAAGCCGGGGCCCCCUUCUUGUGUGGUUGUGAAGGAUCAUAAAAUCUAUCUCGACGUGCACUGAGCCCUCCUCAGGCAUCCUGCAAGGCGUUACUAAGCUCAUUAAGGUGGGGGGCUUACAGAAAGUGGAGAAGCGAUUUGUCUGCGUGUGUGUGUGUGUGUGUGUGUUUGUGAGCUGACGAAAAAGAGCUGUGUUCUAAUUAACAACGGGCCGUCCGCCCCUCCUCUGUAUGGUAGCCCAAAGCAGAUGCUGGGAAUUCGUGGAAAUCGGUGGCCAAUCUAACGCAGGGCUCCCGGUGAAUGCAGCAAGAGCAGCGGUUCGGAUGCUGAAGAAGCUCCACAUAAAGUAGUGUGUAGCAAACCGUGGAUCGAAUUGUGUGAAGGAAGCCGAUUAUUAACGGGUGGCGGUGGUGGCGGCCACCAAAGGCAGCAGUUUGUACGGGGCACUGAGUAAUGCUUUGAAAUUAUCCCAAAACCCCGGAAAAGCAGUCUUCUUCAUCGGAUCUUCCACUCCUUUCCAUCAGUGAAAGCGUGAUCGAGAUCGAGAGUGCCAAAGAGGAGAAAACAAAGUGGGAGGCAGGGAAAGAACCAAUUUAAUUGAAUUCCCUUUGCGAUCUUGUGGGCGAGUGUGCAACUAGGCUGGAAAACCAAAUCUCGACCGUUGUAACAUAUAGAUUGGCCUUUUUCGGAUCCCGUUCAUUGUUUGCCGCACGCAACACAAAAUACCGAGCUGCUGGAGUCUGGAACGAUCGAUCUGAGGGCGAUCAUCAAUUAGCGAUUACCAGUGCGCGUUAUCAGUGCGGUCGCAAGGAGAAGCGGUGACCUGAUAAGGCGGGUUCGCGGGCCGAGAACCGGGAAACCGGCGUUUGCAGAAGCAUCCGACGAGUGAGAUAGUGAGAAGCUUGUGGCCCCCGGUUCGUAGUAAAGUGGUGCGGUGGGCAAAGGUCUUGUGCCUCACUCGUCAACCGAAGAUCAUGGCACGGGCCACUACCAUCACUAGCAGCGCCGGCAGCAGCCCUGGCCGGUUGCUGUUGCUGUCGGCGAUCGGUUGCUGGUGGUGCUGCUGUUGCUGGUGGUUGUUGGUAUCGCUGAUGGUGCCCGGAGCAACGGCCGAACAACAGCAUCACAACAUGUCACACACUAAAGACUGUUCCCGGUUUCACGAGCAGUGCAUCCGCUGCACGGACACGGCUUGCAUCAAGUGCACCGAGUUGCUGCGUCUGGACACUGGCGAAUGUUUGACGGAUUGUCCGAGCGGAUACGCGGCCCAAUGGUCGACCACCUCAGAGGUCAUGGGGCGCGUUUGCUACCCGGUCGGAAUGUCCGGUUCGUUGUUGGCCGCCGUUGCCGGGAUUGCCGCCGGUGCCAUCCUGUGCGUGAUGCUUAUCGUAAGCGCCAUGGCCAUCCUGAGGCGCCGACAGAAGCGCAAGAAGUACCGUGAAUCCUUCAUCGACGAGAACAUCGACCGACUGGAGUUUCUACGGCAGCUGGAAGAGCUGCGACCACAGGCAGAAUAUUUUCUGCAGAUGCUGAACGAUACGCGACGCCAGAUCCGGAAGCUACACCACUCGGGCGAUAGUGCCGGCGCGGCCACCUACCAUCCGGUGGUACGCGAUUUAGCCAAAAUACUGAUCCUGCUGAACAAACCGAUCGAGUUGAUCAACGCACCACCGCACGAUUGGCAGCGGUUGUACGUAUGGGCCGAACGGGUGCUGGAUCGCUAUAAACCCGAGUUGGCACAGUUGAUCGAGUUUCUGCAGCAACCGUCGGCGGCGGUCCCCUCACCGUCGGCCUCCGAUCCACGGCUAGCAUCGUCUGAUCAUUCGACGUUCAAGGCGGCCUAUCAGCAUCUCCAGCAGGACCCAAGACAGGGCCGGGAUGCCGUCGAUGAUGGUGGUGCCAACGAGCGCGAUCUAUCACCACGAUUGAGUCGCAAGAACGAACGUAAUCUGCUCGACCAGCCGGAGCUGAUCCAGCUUCAGAAGCAUCGUACGCUGCCGACGAUGCAGACGACGCACCAUUUCCUCGGUUCGCUGAUCAGCCUGCACGAGUUCGAUGAGCGAUCGUCCCACACGACUGAUACUAGCUCAAACCAUCACUCGACAGGUGGCAACAAUCCGUUCGAUGAUACGUUCGAUCACGUCCGCACCUACCUGUCGACCUCCGGUAUGAACGAUAGUUCACUCUGGUUGCAGGACGAGUUCUUCAAGCUUGGCUUCCGGCCACAGGACGAGAUCACGACCGAGUUGUAAGCUGGAGCCUCGGAACACGGUUCACCAUUCCAGUGCAAAUGUUGGCAGACCGCCCCAGCUGAACAGGAGGAGGGAGAGGGUUGCACUCAGCAAAACAAGCACUACUCCAGUGCGACUAGUCAGCUGCUAGCAGCGGUGCAGGAUGAUGCAGGAUCACUAGGCAGGCACUAGGCAUCGAAUCCGUUAGUAUCGGUAGGGAUUACGAAAAGGGGGCUUGUUGUUGCUUCUACUCUUCGGUGAUAGGAAGGAAAUCCCUUGCGUACUAUUUAUGAAGCUAGUUAGACGAGACAGACAGACACCGGAACGAUGAUGGUGGAAUUGCAAAAUUGUCUUUAAGGAUACAUAAGUAUUUUAUCCAUGAGAGGUACUAGUUGGUCGAAACCUGCUAUCGAUAGAGACACACGAGAAACCCCACGAAGCGACGUGAAGGAAGCAAUAUUAUUUAAUAAACAAUGUAUCGAUCACGAACCACGGGCAAGUGAUGAACAUGUCCGUAGUGUAAAGCGAGCCACGUUAUAACGAUGGUAGGUG